AUGUUCGAUGCUAACGGCGCCAAGUCAAAGCUUCCGUCCCGUGUCCUUGCCUGCACUGCUUGUCAGCAGCGCAAGAUCAAAUGCGAUCGCCAUUUCCCUUGCCAACACUGCACAAAAAGUGGUUUACAGUGUAUACCGGCCGCUCUUGUACAGAAGACACGAAGGAAGCGCUUCGCUGAGCGUGAGCUGCUGGGUCGGGUGCGGCAUUACGAGGACCUACUGCGCGAGAAUGACAUACCGUUUGAGCCCAUACAUUCUGCUCAGGGCAAGUCACCACAGGACACGGUUACGGAGAAGAGCGAAGUGAAAUUGGAGCCCAUAUCUCACGAGCCUAAAAAUGUGUUUCGAGUGAUGAAUCUGAAACGUGAUGACAAGAAUCCCACCAGUCCUGAUGACAACCAAGCAAGAGACCUGGACGAUGACUCUACAGACGUGAUUACCGAGGCUAUGAUGAAAACCACUCUUGAUGACAUAUACACGAACGAUGACCACUUAAUGUUUGGUGAGCGCAUAAAUGACGCCGAUCUCUCUGCUCUCCAUCCAGCACCGGCUCAGAUCUUCAAGCUAUGGCAGACAUACCAAGAGAAUGUUGAUCCGCUACUUAAGGUCACCCAUGGCCCUUCUCUGCAAGCACGGAUUGUUGAUGCCAUGGGAUCGUUGCAAACAAUCGAUUCAACGUUAGAAGCGCUCUUGUUCAGCAUUUACUCCAUGGCCGUCUUGAGUCUCGACAAGGCAUCAUGCUAUGCAAUGUUUGGAGCGGCACAAGAUGAUCUCCUGAGCGGCUAUCAGUUUGGGUGCCAGCAAGCACUCUUGAGUUGUGGUGUGUUCAAGUCGAAUGACCGCGAAGGGCUGACAGCUCUGUUCCUGUACUUGAUCUCUGCCAGACCAGCCACCGAUCCUCGCACACUAUUCCUGACGCUCGGCAUGGCUGUCAGACUGGCCCAGCGUAUCGGCAUCCACGACGAGUCUGCGAAUAGCCAGUGCAACGUGCUGGAAGCUGAGAUGCGCCGUCGACUAUGGUGGUCUCUGAUCAUCUUUGACAAUCGUGUAUCGGAGAUGUCUGCCUCGAAGACUACCAUGUUGUUACCGUUGUGGGAUUGCAAGAUACCUUUGAAUGUGGGCGACCAUGAACUCCGAGAAGAUAUGAAGACACCGCCUACUCCCCAUCCUACCCCCACAGAAGCCUGGUUCGUAGUCGUCCGCGCAGAAAUGGACGAGUACAUGCGGAACUGUCCUUUCCAGCUCGACUUCGUGAGUCCAGCGUUGAAAUUACUGUCAAGGAACGUCCGGCCUGUCGAAGAUCCGAGCGAGAGUGAGCUGGCAGACCUUGUAGGCAGUAUUGAGGGAAACUUCCUUACGCAUUGCAACAAAGAGAAUCCGCUACAGCUCAUGACCGCCUGCUUCUCCCGGGACUACUUGGCAAAGAAUCAACUCCUCGAACACUUUAGCAAAAGCGUCGAUGCUUCUGAGCCAACCAAGGAACAGUCUCAGCACGCUACGGCCCUAGCACUCGAGGUCCUGGAGUGCGAUACCACGCUUAUGGCUUCACCACUAACUCAAGGCUACCUGUGGAUGGUUUCAUACCACUUCCCAUUUCCAGCAUACAUAAAUCUGGUGCAGGACCUCAAGCGUGAUCCCACAAACAGUCUUGCGGGAGAAGCUUGGCAGGCAAUGGACAUCAAUUAUCGGGUACGAUGCGAGAAAAUGCCUGGUGCUGGCUUGUUUCUCAAGGUGACCUCCAAGCAUCUUUUACAGGCCUGGGCUGUUUACGAAGCAGCGCUCAGGACGGCAGGGCAACCGGUCGUUGUACCUCGUGUUGUGCUGGCAACUCAGGCACAAGUGGCUCAUCUUACGAAGAAGCCGUCCUUCGAUGUACAAAAUGGUGAUCUCGCGCAACACCAGCAGCCUGGUUUCGGGUAUGCAGACAGCGUUGUUGGUGAGCAGACCGCUGCUACAUCGAGCGUCCCUAGCCAUAUGAUGAGCAUGGACACCGCUCCAGUUUUCGAUGUGAAUCAAAUCGACUGGGCUUCGAUAGACUGGAGCGAGAUGGAGAAGACAUGGUGA